AUGAUCUUGACCCUCCUAAUACGUAGCGACAUCUCUCCUGCCUCCACCUGUAAAGCUGUUACUGCAACUCAAACAAGCUCAAGUAAUGACUCCAUCACCUCACCUCCAAUCACGACCACCACAUCUCUCACCUCCACACAACCCACCUCAACCUUACACACAUCCACCAGCAUCACGGUUUCUUCUUGUGAGUUUGUGACUGUUCAUACACACUUACACACAGGUCAGUACAGCGUUUUGAAGAGUGUGAAAGAAAAUGAAGCUCAUGUGGUGAAUAUCAAGGGCUCUAAGGACCAAAUAUACACAAUCAGGAUAAAGGAGAAGCACAAUGAGAUCCGUGCUGCGGAAAUAUAUAACCAAACUGUCUUUAAAAUUCCUUUUGAAUGGUUAAAACCAUGCACUGUGUACACCGUCAGUGUGGAUGACUGUAAACUCAGUGGAAACAACAUCUUUACUUCCAGUAAAAAAGUGGAAACUCUUAAAAAAACUGUUGUGACAAGCGUGACAGAUAAUGAAGUGUGUUUGAAAGGAGAAUUCACUGGUAUUCAAUGGGAUCUGACUGAAUGUGUUGAAAUAACGGAGCAAAACUCUUGUGCCCACACACACACCGUUGUACUGGACACAUGUAACUACACAAUGAAUGUUGCUCUGCCCCCAGUCAAGCCGCAAAUAAACUUCAAGAAAACUAUUCCCUCUCAGUUUGAAUGGAUGAAUAAACCAGAACGAUGUAAUGCUGCACUGCUUAACAUCAACUGCAUCAAUAAUGAGAACAGUAAGUAA